CGCGGCGCCAGGCGGUGGCGGAGGCGGGGCAGGCGGGCCGGUUGCUAAGACUUGGUGAAAAGCGCAGCGCUCCGCCCGUCUCGUCAGGUGGCUGCAGCCUUCUGCCCCUGCCCUGUCUUCACAGCGGAAAUGUCAGGAAAGGAGAACAACUUCCCCCCGCUGCCCAAGUUCAUCCCCCUGAAGCCCUGCUUCUACCAGAACUUCUCUGAUGAGAUCCCUAUCGAGCACCAGGUCUUGGUGAAGAGGAUCUACCGCCUGUGGCUGUUCUACUGCGCCACCCUGGGCGUCAACCUCGUCGCCUGCCUGGCCUGGUGGAUCGCCGGCGGCUCUGGAGCCAACUUCGGCCUGGCCCUGGUCUGGCUGUUGCUCUUCUCCCCCUGCGGCUACGUGUGCUGGUUCCGGCCCGCAUACAAGGCCUUCCGAUCUGACAGCUCCUUCAAUUUCAUGGCGUUUUUCUUCAUCUUUGGAGCGCAGUUCGUCCUGACCGUCAUCCAGGCUGUCGGCUUCUCGGGAUGGGGCGCGUGGUAAGCAGGGCCCCCGAGAGCCCGCGAUGAGCAGGGUUCGCUCUGGGGCCACGAGUUGCUCGUACCGUUAGUGCAGGCCGAGCUCUGUGACGAGGACCCCAAAACUCCGACAGCCGGGAGAGGGCUGACGUUUGCUCCUUGCUCUUGUCAACCCACCAGGGAGGUGCCGGCUCAGGGGGCUGGGUGCGGUGGAUCCGCCCGCCUUCUGCCGCCUCGUGCGUGGUCACCCGGCCCCAGGAGGACCUGGGAAGCGUGGUCCAUGGGUGUCUGGGGGGUGGGAGAGCAGCUCGAGGGCCUGCCCUGAGCGGCCACCUGUGCCUAGGCCUACCAUCUAGGUGGUGAGCCGUUUUCCAUUUGUUUGCUUUUGGGGUAUCAUAUGAGGUUUCUGUGGCUACUGUGACAAAUUACUCCAGAUUUAGUGACUUGAAAUGAAAGAAACUUACGUUUCGUUCUGGAGGUCAGAACUCACUUAACCUGUGAGUGGGCAGGGCGGUCCUUCUGGAGGCUCCAGGGCAGCAGCGGUUCCCGCCUUUUCCAGCUUCUAGAGGCGCCGCAUCCCUGGCUCGCGGCCUCGUCCUCUGUCCUCGUACCUCUGUCGUAUCCAGCAGCGCAGUAUCUCCCGUCUCUCUCUGCCUCUGACCCUCCCGCUUCCCUCUUAUAGGGACCCUGGGAUGAUGCUAGGCCCCCCGGGGAAUCCAGGGUCAUCUCUGUCUCAGGGGCUUUAACUUAAUCCCACCUGGAAGGUCCCUUUUGCCACCUAAGGUGCCACAUCCUCGGGGCCCUGGAGCAGGACGUGGCGCUGUUGGGGCAGCGGGUCCGUCUGUGGCAGGCAGUGCCCAGAGGUGGCACUGGACGGUUGCUCUUCCUGCCUCAUGUGCUGCCGGGCAUGUCCCCACGUCUCUUGGUAGAAUUUCUCGGCGUGUUGGGACCUUGCCCGUGUGAGCGGCGGGGAGUCUUCUGGGUCACGCCCUCUGGUGGAUCUUCUGGCUCCUGGGUGGAGGGUGCCUGUUGCCAUUGCCUUCAAGGUGUCUGUCCCCGUCCCUCUGCCGUGUCCGCGGGGACGGCUGCCACGUGCCCUUGGCAGUGGUGAGCUGUGCGCGCUCCUUUUGCUCUUGAGGCCCCGCUGAGGUUGCACGGCCUCUCGGUGUCCAUUUGCUGCCGGGCCUUCACCCCUCCCCAGCACGGAGCCUGUCACCCAGGGUCAUUUCCAGGGUGCAUCUCUCCGGGUUCCUGACAUCGCUCCCUCCCCGCGUGGUGAGCAGACCCUGAAUGCUGGGCCUCCUCUUGGCCGAUGCCUCCCCAGAUGCGGGUCUGGGGUCCCCAAGACCACCCCCGGCGCAGGGAUUCACUAGGCGACCCCCAGGCACGGCCGAGACCCCAGAUCCAGCGGGGGAGUAGGUGCCCGGGUGGCCUCCACGUCUGCACAGGCGGUGUUGGGACAGGGAGCUCCCGAGGUCUGGUUCCAGAUGCAGCCUCAUGCCGGCACCCAGCCGCCUUCUGCCUGGUCCCCCAUCGCUGUGGUUUCUGCGCGGACAGGCAGGGCGCACACCUUCCUUGGGGCCCAGCCUACAGAAAGGGAACAUCGGAGCCGACCUUCCCACCUCCUGUGGGGGCCUCCCCAGCUGGUGACCUCGCCUCAUGCAGGGGCUGCCCUGAGAUGUUGCCCUUGUCUGGGAAGUCAUGGGGAGGGGGAGGGGGGUAGUAAUAACAACGGUGACAAUGACGGUGACAGUGCUCCUGGUUGUGCAGUGGGGCCUGGGCACCUCCUGAGGGCUGGCUCAUUUGCUCCCCUUGAAGGGGUCUCCUGACUUCCUAGUGUGCAGACGGGGACGGGCGCGGAUGGGGGCAGGGGUUAGGGUCAGGGUUAGGCUCCAUUCCUGGUACCCAAGGCCCUCGAGGCCCUUCCUGCCCGUGUGGGCAGCUGUCCUGGCUCUGAUCCCGUAUGGGGACCCCCGGGCUCCGCAGACGUGGGGGAGUAGAUGGCGCCUGGCCCGGGGGCCGCCUCGGGGCUCAGUGCUGGGGCUGGGGCCGAGGAGCUGCAGCUCUGCCCGUCUGCGUCCCCCCGCCUGGGGUCUGCCCACUCCGGUGGGCUCCUCCUGGCUGGCGGGGGUCUCCCUGUUCCCGGGGUCUCACCCUCCUGCCCAGGUGGCCGCAGUCCCACACAUCACCUCCAGGGAGCGAGUGGACCACUCUGGGGUCAGCGUGUGGAGCCUUGGGGAUGCCUUCCGGGGGCACUGGCUCCCAGCCAGUCCCGGGCCCGCAGGUCUGUCCCUCUCCACUCACCCCAGACGCUUCCCUGUGAGUCCGUGCAGGAGAUGGACUUUUAAAACCUCUGAGACGUCUUAUGCGUAAAAGGCCGCGAUGCUGCUUUGCACCAGGAAACCAGCAGUGACCCCAGCACCUCAGAUGCUCAGACGUGUCCUUCCUGCCCUCUCGUGACCUUCUCACGUGGGGCUCCUUAGAGGUCACGGACCCGGGGCAGAGCACGCCGCCCACCACUCAGCCAACUCCCUGCCCGCGUCUGAUGUCCUCGCCUCGACCACACAUGGUGGGUGCAGUGCUCUUACCCACCUGCAGGUGUCACGGGUUUCCACAGUGUUUCCGUGACAGGUCUUUCCCCUCGGGGAUCCCUGUGGGUUAUUAACGUUUGGCCUCUGCGAUUGGUUCACAUGAGACUCCAGGUGAGGUGUGCACGCCUCUCUGAUCUGGGAGCUCGACCGUCUGUAGUCUCCACAGCAGGGGCUUUAUCUAGGUGCCUUCACAGCCAGAAAGGCAGCUUCUUAAGCGCACGAUUCAGUGGUUUUCAGUGUAUUUACAAGGAUAGAGGUUCAUCACCUCUAUCCAAUUCCAGAACAUUCCGUCACCCCAAAAAGAAGCCCGUCCCCAUCAGCAGUUACCCCCACCCCCUCCCCAGCCCCUGACAACACGCAGCCACUCUCUGUGUCUGUGGAUUUACCCGUCCUGGACGUUUCCCAUCAACGGAAUCACACCCUGUGCGUCCUUCUGUGUCUGGCUGCUCUCACUGAGCGUUGUGUUCUCAGGGCCCGUCCACGGACCCUGAGCAAGUGUCUCAGGACCCUGAGCGAGUGGUAGCGAGUGUCGGGGCUUCACCCCUCUUCGUGGCUGUGAUGUUCCCGUGUGUGGAGGGACACGGUAUGUGUGUCCAUUCACGGACACAUGGGUGGACGCUUGGGUUGUCUGUGCCCGUCUGUUAUUGCUAGUCAUUCUGCUGUGCAGUUUCUACAGGUAUCGGUGUGAAUGUGUGUUCUCCUUUCUCUUCCACCUGGCUGUGGAAUUGCUGGGCAACACAGUAACUAUUUAGCCGUCUGAGGAGCUGCCAGACCCUCCCAUAGCUUUUGCAGGCUGCAUACCUGUGCUGUCCUUUUGCACCUUCUGUCCCCAUCUCCCUGGCUCUGUCCCCUCGAGCUCCUGGCCGAGUGGCCUUGGGGGAGCACCUGGCACCCUCGUGUCCCUGCCGCCUUGUCUCCGGGCCUGUCAUCCUCCCUGCCCUCCCCCCACUGCCGCUUGCCUUGGCUGCCCCGCCCGGUGGGUGCAGCAGGCUCUGCACGUCUGUCCGAAGCUGGUCGAGGCCGGUUUAUCACCCACUGUCCUGAGUGGGUCACCCUGGGCUGUUGGUGAGAUUGUUUCUCUGGAAGCUCUGGCUGCCGGUCCCUCUGGGAGGCUGGGCCGUGGAGCAGGUCCCCAUCCUACAGCCCCA